GCCAAUAUUUUCGGAAUACGUCAGCGAUAGGAUAGAGAUGAGAUCCUCAGGAUAGACGGGAUUUUAUUGGUUUCAAUUGCUCAUUUUUGAUGAAAUUGAGUUGAAUUUUUGGGGAGAAUCAUCUGUAUUCUGUUGCGAUGUGACUUAAUUAUUUAGUUUCAUAGUUAGAUGUCUUUAUAAGGAUGAUAAGUAUAUUGUAGUAGAUUAACGUUGAAGGUGAGACGAUAUUUUUUUCAACUAAAUAAGACGAAAAAGGAUUAAUUUGAUAAUUAACUUAAAUUUUCUUCUGUUCAGGUACCCUUGGAUUAUUUGGAAUCGACUCUCAGAGGAAAUUUUCAGAUUCUUCGAAGACUGGAGUCUAGUUGACCUCAUGUUUUGCGAUGUGAAUGAUUUAUCUUCUACCAGGAAAGGAACGAAGAAUUUCUCCACACAAUCGAGGAUUUAUCUACUACCAGGAAAGGAGCGAAGAAUUUCUCCACACAAUCGAGGAUCUAUCUUCUACCAGGAAAGGAACGAAGAAUUUCGUGAACCAAUCGAGGAUCUAUCUUCUACCAGGAAAGGAACGAAGAAUUUCAUGACACAAUCGAGGCUGCAGCUGCAGGGCGUUGCACUGUUGCGUCACUGGACUUUCCCGGUGACUCCACCAGGUAAACUGACCUCAUUGUCUCUUGUUUUUCAUCAUCCACUGAAGUUCAAACUCCAAUGAUGAAACACUCACAACCACCAAGAUCUAUGACUGCCGUGAUUUGCACUAGUAUUUGCUAUCUGAUGUUCUCCAAAAACUCCUCAAUUCUUCUCUUGAAUACAUAUUUUUUUUAAUUCGUUUGUUUUAUUCUUUCCGCUUAGGUUCAAGGAUGUGUUUGAGGCGACGCAGAGGUCCAUACAGAGUACAAAAGACAUAAAAGAGUCGACAUGUAUAUUUAAAUUUCAAUAAAUGA